CGCAGUGGUUUAUUUUAUGAGGUUCUGCAAGAAAAGUGUUCUAAUUCUCAGUGAUUAGCUUUGAGUAACCUGGUCUUGCUGACUAAAAAUGAACCAGAUCAAAUGAAUGUAUCGAUCUGCAAUCCCACGAAAAAGCCCUUAAUAUUAUCAACAGGAACUAAACGGAUUGAAGCUAAAACAAUUCACUUCUUUCUUGUCCCUCCAGUUCUUCACAUCUGCUUAAAAUGGCUAAGCAAAAUUCCCCACCACUAGCUGAAGUUGUGAAACGAGUUUUUGAGCAGCAGCAGUCACAGGUGUCAGACAUAGAAAAAAGCAAAACAGUUCUUUUCCAAUUGCAGGCAAAGUGCCAGGAACUAGAAAAAGAAAUGAAUUCUAUUCUGUUAGAAACAAAGACAACAGAAAGGGAAAUACAUCUGCAAGAUGAUGCCAUAGAAGUGACACAAUAUCAGUGUGAAAAUCUGGAGGCCCAAGUCAGAGUGCUGUAUUCUGAAAAUUUAAAGUUGAGGUGUGAUGCAGAAAGAGUACAAGAGGAGUUUGAGAUGAUACUUGCAAGAAACAAUGAAUAUCGGGAAAAAAUAAAGGAACAUAAACAUGUGUUUUGGGAGAUGGAAAGUAAAAUGCCAGUUAUGAUUGAACUUGCUAAAAAGAAAGCUGUUGUUGAAGAAUUAAAGACAAAGAAAGAGGAGUUAAUGUGUGAUCUUCAGAAUCCAGAAGGAUCUGUUAUAAAACAAGUGCAGGAAGAAAUCACACUUUUAAAAAGCAAAAUCACAACAUUGAAAGAUGUCAUCAAUAAAAAAACAGAUCUGCUGGAGGAAGAGAAGAAAAAGCAUGCUAAGCUUAGAAAAGAAAUUGAGGUACAGAAUAAGAGAUAUGAUGCUAUUUUAAAACGUUUGCAUUGUCAACUGAACAAAGUCCAUUCAAAUAAAAGACAAUGGCACUGGAACAUUCAGCAGUUGGAGAAGAAGGCUGCAGAACUAAGAAAGUGUCUUGGAGUAGCAGAAUUACAAAACAUCAUGUGACAAACUUAAAAAAGCUAGAAUGUGGGUAAUCUUUUCCAGGCAGGGCAGCUUUUUUUGUGGAAAUGCUACAAAUUUUAAAUAGCCUGAUAGCUGGGUCAGGCUUAGUGAUUUCUUUCUUUUUUGAAGUUUUUCUGUCUUUCGUUUUAUGGCCUCAGCUAAUAGCCACAAUAAUAAGUUAGCUGUUCAGGAAUAACUUAGCUGUUAGGAGGAAAGUUACUGACGCUUCCAGGUGUUUUCAAAAUAUGUGUCAAUUUUUAUCUAAAAAAGUUACUUGAAGUCAACCAAACAAGAUUUGGGAAGUUCUUUUAUAUUUCAUUUGGUCUCUGAAGAUUGGGAUAUAGAUGCUGCUUUUCCUGCAGAGAAAUAAAUACUGGUGUAUAUUCGCACUCCUGAGGGACCAAAAUUCUUUUAUCUUUUAUCCACAUCCCUUUUUAUUGCAACUUGCUAAGGAGCUCUGAAAGCUUUGAUGGCCUGUAUUUUGUUGUGUGGGAAACUCAUAUAGAAGAUGUUAGAGUCUGCCAGGAUUUUCUGGCAUGGGGGACAAAGGGGACAAAGGCUGUCCAGCUAUAAAAGGCUUUGGAACAAGUACAUUCGGAACUGGGCUUCAAAUAAUCUGACUUCAAGUGGUCUAAUAGAUGUUAGUGAAGAGGUGUGAGUAGGUAAAGAGAGUUCCACAUCUGGAAAGCUUUUAAAAUGGAACAACUCACCCUCAAGAAAUAGACAUGCAUUAUAGAUGAUUGAUGAUAGAGGAAUUUAUUGUCUAGAGGAUUUUAACUAAUUCAGCCAUCUAACAUCUAAGUGCUUAAUGAUCUAAGAUGACUCAACAUAAAUGACAACGUAUUAAAAAUUCUUGUUAAAAUAGUAGUGAACAGUAGCCAUUUUCCUUUACCUUCUUUUUAUUAUAUGCUUGGCAUUUGAAGAAUUUACAGUACUUUCUCUACUCUUACACUUAAGGUAGUAGUUCUGCUUGGACAUAACUUGUAAUGUUUAUCUGUUCUAUGAAAGUAGCUUUUUAUUUAGGGUGUUGUCUUGAAUAAUUUAGAUUUACCUUUACUCAUGAAUAUAAAAUGAAGA